CGGGCGGUCACGUGGCUCCGCACCUCCCUGGCGCGCGCCCGCCCGCCCGCUCGCCCCCGGCUCCUCCUCCUCUUCUCGCCAUUGCAGUUGGACUCAGCAGCCUGGUGCGCACCGCGUGGCUUUUGCGGGGGAGAUCCCGGAGGGUUGUGGCAGGCGGUCGGCGGCGGUUGCGGUCGGGGAAGCGACGCUGACAAGAUAGCUGAAGUAUUGAUAACACCAAGGAAAUCUGUCACAAUUUGAAAAUAUAAGCAAAAUUUGAUUUCCAGACACUACAGAAAAGAAGCAAAAAUGCGUCCAUUGCGAAUUUUUGUGAAUGAUGACCGCCAUGUGAUGGCAAAGCAUUCUUCUGUUUAUCCAACCCAAGAGGAGCUGGAGGCAGUCCAGAACAUGGUGUCCCACACAGAGCGGGCUCUCAAAGCUGUAUCUGAUUGGAUUGAUGAGCAGGAGAAAGGCAGCAGUGAACAAGCCGAGUCCGAGAACGUGGACGUGCCCCCGGAGGAUGAGAACAAAGAAGGGGCCGGGGAGCAGAAGACGGAGCAUAUAACCAGAACCCUGCGGGGUGUAAUGCGCGUUGGCCUUGUGGCAAAGGGCCUCCUGCUCAAGGGGGACUUGGACUUGGAGCUGGUGCUGCUAUGUAAGGAGAAACCCACAACUGCCCUCCUGGAUAAAGUGGCUGACAACCUGGCCAUCCAGCUCGCUGCUGUUACAGAAGAUAAGUACGAAAUACUCCAAUCUGUCGAUGAUGCUGCAAUAGUGAUAAAAAACACAAAAGAGCCUCCAUUGUCCCUGACUAUCCACCUGACAUCCCCUGUUGUCAGAGAAGAAAUGGAGAAAGUAUUAGCUGGAGAAACGCUAUCAGUCAACGACCCCCCGGACGUCCUGGAUAGGCAGAAAUGCCUUGCUGCCUUGGCGUCCCUCCGACACGCCAAGUGGUUCCAGGCCAGAGCCAAUGGGCUGAAGUCUUGUGUUAUUGUCAUCCGGGUCCUGAGGGAUCUGUGCAGCCGAGUGCCCACGUGGGGUCCUCUAAGAGGAUGGCCCCUUGAGCUUCUCUGUGAAAAGUCCAUCGGCACAGCCAACAGACCCAUGGGCGCUGGCGAGGCCCUGCGGAGAGUGCUGGAGUGCCUGGCGUCAGGCAUCGUGAUGCCAGAUGGUUCUGGCAUUUAUGACCCUUGUGAAAAAGAAGCCACUGAUGCUAUUGGGCAUCUAGACAGACAGCAACGGGAAGAUAUCACACAGAGUGCGCAGCAUGCUCUGCGACUUGCUGCAUUUGGCCAGCUGCAUCAAGUCCUGGGUAUGGACCCUCUGCCUUCUAAGAUGCCCAAGAAACCAAAGAAUGAAAACCCAGUGGACUACACGGUUCAAAUCCCGCCCAGUACCACCUACGCCAUUACGCCAAUGAAACGCCCAAUGGAGGAGGAUGGAGAGGAAAAGUCUCCCAGCAAAAAGAAGAAGAAGAUUCAGAAGAAAGAGGAAAAGGCAGAGCCUCCCCAGGCUAUGAAUGCCCUGAUGAGGCUGAACCAGCUGAAGCCCGGGCUGCAGUAUAAACUGGUUUCCCAGGCGGGUCCGGUCCAUGCCCCCAUCUUCACCAUGUCUGUGGAAGUAGAUGGCAGCUCAUUUGAGGCCUCAGGACCAUCCAAAAAGACUGCCAAGCUGCAUGUGGCUGUUAAGGUGUUACAGGACAUGGGCUUGCCUACUGGUGCUGAAGGCAGAGACUCCAGUAAGGGGGAGGACUCGGCUGAGGAAACUGAGGCCAAGCCAGCUGUCAUGGCCCCUCCACCCGUGGUAGAAGCCGCUUCAACCCCCACUGCCACCUUUACUGCGGAUCCCACUACUGAGCAGGGGCCGAUCCUGACCAAGCAUGGCAAGAACCCCGUUAUGGAACUUAAUGAGAAGAGGCGUGGCCUCAAAUAUGAGCUCAUCUCAGAAACUGGUAGCAGCCAUGACAAGCGCUUUAUCAUGGAGGUCGAGGUAGAUGGACAGAAGUUUCAAGGUGCUGGCUCAAACAAAAAGGUGGCAAAAGCACAUGCUGCCCUGGCUGCGUUAGAAAAGCUAUUCCCUGAUGCCCCCCUCUCCCUGGAAGCCAAUAAGAAGAGGGCACCUGUGCCUGUCAGAGGUGGACUGAAAUUUGCUGCUAAGCCACAUAACCCUGGUUUUGGCAUGGGAGGCCCUAUGCACAAAGAAGCGCCCCCGCCCCCCAACCUUCGAGGGCGGGGGAGAGGAGGGAGCAUCCGUGGUCGAGGUAGAGGAAGAGGAUUUGGUGGCGCCAACCAUGGAAACUACAUGAAUGCGGGCGCUGGGUAUGGCAGCUAUGGGUAUGGAGGCAACUCAGCAACAGCUGGCUACAGUCAGUUCUACAGCAAUGGAGGGCAUUCUGGGAAUGCUGGCAGUGGCGGCGGCGGGGGCGGUGGUGGCUCCUCCGGCUACGGCUCCUACUACCAAGGUGACAACUACAGCUCCCCAGUGCCCCCGAAACAUGCUGGGAAGAAACAGCCACAUGGGGGCCAGCAGAAGCCCUCCUACGGCUCAGGCUACCAGCCCCACCCAGGCCAGCAGCAGUCCUACAACCAGAGCCAGUACAGCAACUAUGGCCCCCCGCAGGGCAAGCAGAAAAGCUAUAGUCACGGCCAAGGCAACUACUACUCCAACUCCUACAGCUCCCCCGGGGGCGGGGGCGGCUCCGACUACAGCUACGAGAGCAAAUUCAACUACAGUGGUAGCGGAGGCCGCAGCGGCGGAAACAGCUACGCUUCAGGCGGGUCGUCCUACAACCCGGGGUCACAUGGGGGCUACGGAGGAGGUUCUGGGGGCGGCUCCUCGUACCAAGGCAAACAAGGAGGCUACUCGUCACAAUCGAACUACAACUCCCCGGCGUCCAGCCAGAACUACAGCGGCCCUCCCAGCUCCUACCAGUCAUCCCAGGGAGGCUACGGCAGGAACGCAGACCACAGCAUGAGCUACCAGUACAGAUAAAGCCCGAGGGUGAAGACUUGUACCUUCUGCACUUACCCCUCCUCGUUGUAAGAUUCCGUUUUAUGCAUCACAGUUAACAUGUCUGCGGCCCCGCUGGGCCCUCUUGCCCUACCCUGUCCACGUUGCUGUGUUGUGAGGUGCAGCCGGUCACUCUGUGACCCGUUCUGUGACCCAUAUUUAGCCGUGUUUGGGACUCCACGUCUUCAGUGGUUUGUUAGUUGCCAUUACAACUUUGUCCGAGUAGAGUUUUCUGAGUUCUUACAGUUCAGUAUCCCUCUGUCUAUUUACAAUUGGUGUUAGUGUUAACUCAGUUUGUCUUGAAAUAGUUACAGAAGGGAUACCUCAUCUGUUAAUGCUUUUGUGAAGUGAGUUAAACGAGCUUUCCGUAUUUUAA